UGUAUAACAAAAAACAAAAAAAAAAUUGAUAGGGUUUUUAACACAGUCUUCUUCGUAAGUAUAAAAGCCACUCCUUAUCUCUUUCCACCGUUUAGCUCUUCUUCACUUCGCAAUCUGUUCCUAGGUUCUCAACCUAACCCUAAUCAAAGAUGAAUGUAGAAAAGUUGAUGAAGAUGGCCGGUUCUGUUAGAACCGGUGGAAAGGGUACAGUCAGAAGAAAGAAGAAGGCUGUCCACAAGACAGCUACCACAGACGACAAAAGACUUCAAAGCACUCUGAAGAGAAUUGGAGUGAAUGGUAUCCCUGCCAUUGAGGAAGUCAACAUCUUUAAGGAUGAUGUAGUUAUUCAGUUUCUAAACCCCAAAGUACAAGCAUCUAUUGCUGCCAAUACCUGGGUUGUUAGUGGAUCUCCUCAGACAAAGAAGUUGCAGGAUAUUCUCCCCAACAUCAUUCACCAACUAGGGCCAGAUAACUUGGAAAAUCUGAAAAAGCUAGCUGAGCAAUUUCAGAAGCAGGCUCCUGAAGCAGGAGCUGAUGCAACCGCAGCACAAGAGGAUGAUGAUGACGCUGUACCAGAUCUUGUCCCCGGGGAGACUUUUGAAACCGCUGCUGAGGAGACCAAGGCUUGAAAGUUUUUCUGUUCCAUCUUUAUUUUUGGAUGUCAAUUUUUUCCUCUUUUUAUCUCCAAAAUUAUGUAUUUCAGGUUAUUUUUGUUGCUCCUCUUUUAGAUACUUUUAAGUUGUUAAAAACUCUUAAAUCUGCUCUAUGAUCUAACGAAGUGUAUCUAACUGACAGCACCUAAGUUUGUCUGCUGAGUUUGUCUAUUGUAUGUCCACCAUUAUUGGAGGUAGCAAUCAAUUUUGGUAUUUGUAUUCAUAA